UGCUUUUCCGUCUCCACACCUGUUGUUGCUCCCCCAAACGACGCCACCACACACAAUGUCUGUCAUCAGGACCCCCAUCACCGACCUCUUCGGCAUCCAGCACCCCGUGCUCCUCGCCGGCAUGAACGUCGCCGCCGGCCCGAAGCUCGCCGCUGCCGUCUCCAACGCCGGCGGUCUCGGCGUCAUCGGCGGUGUCGGCUACACCCCCAAGCACCUCCGCACCGUCAUCAAGGAGCUCAAGGAGGGCCUCGACCGUCCCGACCUCCCCUUCGGUGUCGACCUCCUCCUCCCCCAGGUCGGCGGCUCGGCCCGCAAGACCAACUACGACUACACCAAGGGCAACCUUAACGAGCUCAUCGACAUCAUCAUCGAGGAGAAGGCCAAGCUCUUCGUCUGCGCCGUCGGUGUUCCUCCCAAGGAGGUUGUCGACAAGCUCCACAAGCACGGCAUCCUUGUCAUGAACAUGAUCGGCGCCCCCAAGCACGCCGACAAGGCCCUCGAGCGCGGCGUUGACAUCAUCUGCGCCCAGGGUGGCGAGGGCGGUGGCCACACCGGUUCGAUCGCCACCUCGAUCCUCAUCCCCGCCGUCGUCGACCGCGUCAAGGGCAAGAAGUCGCCCCUCACCGGCGGCCCCGUGCACGUCAUCGCCGCCGGCGGCAUCUACGACGGCCGUGGACUGGCCGCGUCGCUCAUGUACGGUGCGCAGGCCGUCUGGGUCGGCACCCGCUUCGUCGCGUCCGAGGAGGCCGGCGCGCCCAAGAAGCACAAGGAGCUUGUCGUCUCGGCCGACCACGGCGACACGGCCACCACCAUCAUCUACACUGGCCGUCCGCUCCGUGUCCGCCGCACCGACUACGUCAAGGAGUGGGAGGGCCGCCAGGACGAGAUCAAGGCCCUCACCAGCCAGGGCAAGCUCCCUGCCGAGCUCGACAUUGCCAAGCGCCCCGAGCUCUCCAUGGCCGCCCGCCCCUGGCUCAUGGGAGAUGUCGCCGCCGUCAUCAACGACGUCAAGCCCGCCAAGGCCAUCAUCGAGGAGCUCGUCAACGGCGCCAAGGCCGCCAUUGAGGGCGGCGUCUCCGACCUCGUCAACCGCGGCUCCAAGCUCUAAAAGGGUCGCUGGGUUUAUCUAGGAAUCUUUGUAGCGCGAUGCCACGUUGUCAGCAGGGUAG